AUGGCAGCCAUGAGCCCCCCUGGGAUUCGCGCGGUCUUGGCCGGAGCGGGCGUGGCAAUGAUGGGUGAGGCGAAAGUGGUCACUGCAGUGCUGCAGCUGACCAAGAAGCCUCCUUCGGACGUAAAUCUGCUGUAUCUGGGCACAGCCACCUAUGACCUAGCCUCAUUCAGGCAGAAGCAGACGGGUGCGUUCGCAGAUCGCGGAGUUUCCAUCACCACCUUAGACGUGGCGUGCAAGACGCCUGCCCAGGCAGUCGUUGACGACAAGAUCGAACGUGCAGACAUUAUCCUGGUCUCAGGCGGGAAUACCCUAUUUGCAGUGGACCGUUGGCGUAAGGCUGCAAUGGUUGAGCCGCUCCGCCGGGCAAUGGCACGUGGGGCAACGCUUUGCGGUGGGUCGGCUGGAGCCGGCUGCUGGUUUGAUGCGCUGCACUCGGAUAGCAUGGAUCCCGAUUGGUAUCGGACAAUCAUGUUAGCCGGAGGAGGGGCAGCAGCAGAAAAAGCUCCAGGCGAGGCAUCGGCCGCGGGCGAGAAGCGUGAAUGGGACUACAUUCGCGUCCCUGGGCUUGGAUUCCUACCUGGCCUGCUUUGCCCACACCAUGAUCGUGUGCAGAGCAAUGGCGUGCUACGUUCCACAGAUUUUGCAGGGAUGCUUCUGCGUCAUCCGGGAGAGACGGGCCUGGCCAUCGACCACUUCGCCGCCCUUGUGCUGUACGAUGGUGAGUACCAGGUCCUCUCACUUCCUGACAAACCGGGCUCCCUAACGUCAGAAGGUGCCAAUGAGCCUGGCAAGGGUGUGCCAGCUGUUUGGAUCAAGUCUGUAGCUGCAGAUGGAAUAACGAUCCAGGAGACAGCCCUGCCUGAGAGGGGGCCGUUGGCUGCACUACUCCACCCGGCACGAGACAUUGUAGAGGACAGUCGAGUGGAGGUGGUGCGAGCAGCUAACCCGAGCCAUGACCUGUAG